UGGUUCAGCUUUUUACACGCGCAUGUAGUAGCUGGGAUGACUUCCGUUUACUAGCGUGCAGUUUUAAUCAUAGCAUAAAGCUAUCUCCUUCGUUAAAACCAUGUCAGGCAAGUCGGAAUUGAAAAUCAACCCCCGGUUCGCGCAGAAAUAUGACAAAUACCGACAGAAAGAAGAACUUCAGAGACUGAAGGACCGAUACGGAGACCGAGCUGAUGAGAGCGACUCUGAGUCGUCCGAGUCCAGCUCUGAUGACAGUGAAGUGGAGCUGGACCCUGAGGUGGAAAGGGACUUUUACAGGACACUGUCACUGCUGAAGAAGAAAGACCCAAAGAUCUAUCAGACAGAUGAAAAGUUCUACUCGGAAGGGACAUCCACUCUUGAUGAGAAGCCGUCAACCUCUAAGAAAGCCAUAAAGCCCAUGUACCUCAAGGAUUAUGAACGUAAAGUCAUACUGGAAAAGGGAGGUAAAUUUGAAGAUGAUGACAGUGAUGAUGAGGAGGCUGCCAAGAUAAUAGAGAGAGCUGCCUCUCCGAGCUACAUUCAGGAGCAGAGGGAGCUGAAGGAAAGUUUUCGUAAGUUCGUCCAGGACAGUGAUGAUGAUGAUGGUGAUGAUGAAAAGGGUGAGGGAGAUGGAGAGUCUCAGCUGCUGACCAGGAGGAUCAAAACGCAGGAAGAGAAGGAUAAAGAAGAGGCAGACUACAUGGAGUGGCUGAAAGGCCAGACUGAGCUUGACGGUCCAGAGGAGGUGAAGGACAUGAAAUACUUAAGGGACUACUGGAAUGACCCACAGUUGGAUGAGAAGGAGCGAUUCCUGAGAGACUAUGUCCUUAACAAGGGCUACCUCGACGAGGAUGAUGAUGAUGAACGGAUCCCAACCUACGAUGAGGUGGUUCAGGAUGAUGUGGAGGACUCCGAAGAGGACGGGGAGACUUUCUUGGAGCGGCAGGAAGACUUUGAGAGAAGCUACAACUUUCGCUUUGAAGAGCCUGACGCUCAGCAGAUCAAGACAUACCCCCGCAACAUCGCUACCUCUGUGCGCUCCAAAGACGACCGCAGAAAACGGAAAAGGGAGGAGGUGAAAGAAAGGAAGCAAAAGGAGAAAGAGCAGAAGCAAGAGCAGCUGAAGCAGCUGAAGAACUUGAAGCGCAGUGAGAUCAUGGAGAAGCUAAAGAGGCUUCAGGAGCUGACGGGCAACGAGCAGCUUGCCUUUAGUCAGACUGACCUGGAGGGAGAAUUUGAUCCACAACAGCACGAUCAGCUCAUGCAGAAAUUCUUUGGGGAUGAAUAUUAUGGAGAACAAGAAGGGGAGAAGCCUCAGUUUGAUGAUGAUGAUGAACUGGAAGAGCACUGGAACUGGGACACGUGGACAGGGGAGGAACAAGAGGAGGGCUACGGUGACGAGGAGCGAGAGUAUGAUGGGCCCCACUGCGAAGAUGAAAAUUUUAUUAUGGACGCAGACUAUGACCCCAGCCAACAGACUACCUCCAAGACGAAGAAGAAAAUGGACAGGAAGAAAAAGAUGCAGAAAGAGGAUAUGCCACAAAUGGGCAAAAAGAGAAAAAAGUCUCAUUUUGCAGAAAUCAUCACCAAAAACAAGCCUGUGUUCGAUCCACAGGAGAAGAGCUUUGAGCAGUACUUGGAUGAAUACUAUAAGAUGGACUAUGAAGACAUCAUAGAUGAUCUCCCAUGCAGGUUCCGUUACAGACAGGUUCUGCCCAACGACUUCGGUCUGACCACCAACGAGAUUUUAACCGCUGAUGAUAAGGAGCUGAACCAGUGGUGCUCUCUGAAGAAGACCUGCAUGUUCAGGUCCGACAAGGAAGAGAUGAGUGAUUUGAAGAAUUUUAAAAUCAAGGCCCAGAACGAAAAGAAGAAGAAACAAAUCCUGAGCUCUGUAUAUACUGAGGAUGUGCAAGAGGGGACAGAGGCUAAGAGCAAGGUGGGGAAGAAGAGGAGGGAUCGGCUGAAGAACGCUGAGAAAGACAGCAGAGAAGAGGACGUCGGUGCUGUCCCCAUUGGCGACUCUGCAGAGGAGACCCUCGCACAAGCUCUCAGAGAGGCAGGUGAUGAGGCAGCUGAAGAAGAGGAAGAGAUUCUGAUACCCAAGAAGAAGAUGAGGCAGGAAGAGGAGAAGCAGGCAGUGGUUACUGCAGACGAAGCAGCAGAUAAAACUGUUGAGCUGCAAAACGGGACUGAGAGGCCAAAAUGGUCCAAGAAGAAGAACAAGCGUUCAAGUGGACGCCUCACAUCAGGGGUGAAAAUAGGCAUCCAGGAGUUCAGUAGAGAGAGACUGAAGGCCUACGGUCUGAACCCCAAGAGACUGUUCUUCAGACAGCUCGGCAGACAGAAACGGAAAGCACAGGAGAAGAAAGAAAAGCAGAAGAAAAAGGAGUGAUCGCAGCAUUGAGCCACCACCUCGGAGAGAUAACGUUGAUGAAAUGAUCUGUAAUUUUUAUGAUCAAAUCCAUUACGAAAUUUUAACUGUUUCAUUAUUUCGCAGCCUCAGCUUGACCUUUAUGAUGAAAAAAUAUGAAGAAAAGUUUGUGUGUGUAAAGGUUGACUACAAAUUUUGAAUUUAUUCCUGUAAUUUAUAUUUAAACUUACAGCUGAGUAUAAAAUCAGAUUUGAACGUAGUUCUCUUACUACGUUCAAAUCAUUUAGAUUUCACCAACGUAUAAACAAUAAACGUGCAGCAAAAAUGUACAGUUAUUCCUGUACAGUUUUAGACACAUCAGUUCUGACAAAAAUUGGUAGAGUAGUGGGAACAAGUCGUUUUCCUCUGUGGAUCAUUUCCAAAUUCAACCCGUGUCUGUGAGCAGGCUGCUGUCUCUCCUUCCACAGCCGAAUCAAGCAGAUGUGUAAGGCAU